AUGCACAUUGAUGAUUCUGAACGUCUUAGCAAAGCACUCAGCAUACCAUUUGAUCAAAUGGUAAAAAAUGAAAUAGAAAAUAUUUGGAUGAUAGAUCAAGCUUUAGUUAUUGACAAACUUAUCAAAGAUCUGUUAGCAAUUUUAAGUGAAAAAUAUGAGAUUGUUAUGGUUAUGGCCCGAAAUUUGUCAGACCACAGAAAAGAAGCUUCAUCCAGACUUCUUGAUACUUAA